CUUGCUCGACUCUACACACUGUAAUGAUGAUACAAAUAAAACCCACGCUAAUCGCUCCGCAGACUGUAAUCCCCUCUCUCUCUCUAGAAAUUUUCUCUCUCUAAAAAUCUCUCUCUGCAUUGUCCGGAGGGAGACGCCUCAACGAUGGCGACCAGAACUCUUCUCAUUCUCUUAAUUUCGCUCCUUCUCUGUUUCAAUCUAUUCUCUGCAACUCUCUCCAAACAAGACGAUAAUGAUCUCGACGAAGAUCUUAGUUUCCUCGAAGAGGACGACGCCGUUUCGUCACAACCAGAUCCGAAUCACCAGAGAGAUUUCGAGAACUACGACGACCUCGAAGAGGAGUCGUCCGGUUCCGACGGCCACGACUCGUACACGCCGCCGGAGUUCGACGAGAAGGACGUGGUUGUGUUGAAGGAAUCGAAUUUCAGCGACUUCGUGGCGAAGAAUCGGUACGUGAUGGUGGAAUUCUACGCGCCGUGGUGCGGGCACUGCCAGUCUCUGGCGCCGGAGUACGCGGCGGCCGCCACGGAGCUGAAGGGCGAGGUGGUGCUGGCGAAGGUGGAUGCCACGGAGGAGAAUGAGCUGGCGCAGAAGUAUGAGAUUCAGGGAUUUCCUACUGUGUUUUUCUUCAUUGAUGGGAUUCACAAGCCUUAUUCUGGUCAGAGGCACAAGGAUGCUAUUGUGACUUGGGUGAAGAAGAAGACGGGCCCAGGUAUACAUAAUGUUACAACAAUAGAGGAAGCAGAACGUAUAUUGACUGCCGAAUCAAUAAUAGUUUUGGGCUUCCUUGACAAUUUGGUGGGUCCAGAAAAUGAGGAGCUUGCUUCUGCUUCAAGACUGGAAGAUGAUGUCAACUUCUAUCAGACUGCUAGUCCUGAUGUGGCAAAGCUUUUCCACAUCGAUCCUAAAUUAAAACGUCCAGCUCUGGUCUUGUUGAAGAAGGAGGCUGAAAAAAUUAGCCACUUCGAUAGUAAAUUCACCAAAUCGGCAAUAGCUGAAUUUGUAUUUGAGAACAAGCUUCCUCUGGUGACUACCUUUACAAGGGAAAGUGCUCCACUAAUAUUUGAGAAUCCGAUUAAGAAACAGUUGUUGCUUUUUGCUACUUCGAAGGAUUCAGAGAAGUUUUUACCUGCAUUCCAUGAGGCAGCAAAAGCUUUCAAGGGAAAGCUUCUCUUUGUUUACGUGGAAAAGGACAAUGAUGAUGUUGGGAAACCAGUUUCAGAAUACUUUGGUGUUGCUGGAGAUGCUCCUAGAGUCAUAGCAUACACAGGAAAUGAUGAUGCGAGAAAGUUUGUUUUGGAUGGUGAAUUAACCUUGAGCAGCAUUAAGUCAUUUGGAGAGAAUUUCCUAGAAGACAAGCUUAAGCCGUUCUACAAGUCUGAUCCAAUACCGGAGAAGAACGACGGGGAUGUAAAAGUAGUGGUUGGCAACAACUUUGAUGAAAUUGUUCUGGAUGAGUCAAAAGACGUUCUUCUUGAGAUAUAUGCUCCUUGGUGUGGGCAUUGCCAAUCACUGGAGCCAAUAUACAACAAACUCGCCAAGCAUGUAAGAGGCAUUGAUUCACUUGUUAUAGCCAAGAUGGAUGGAACCACAAAUGAGCACCCAAGGGCCAAGGCUGAUGGUUUCCCUACGCUUCUUUUCUUCCCAGCUGGCAAUAAGAGCUUUGAUCCGAUCACUGUGGACACUGACCGUACAGUAGUGGCGUUCUACAAAUUCCUUAAGAAGCAAGCCACCACCCCUUUCAAGCUCCAGAAGCCAGCCUCUACCCAGAAACCCAAGGUUUCUGAACCCAAAGAGAGCCAGGAGGAGAAGAGCAGUAGCGACAAUGUGAAGGAUGAAUUGUGAGGUUCUAUCACAUCGGAAGAGGGUUUUUUUUUUUUUUUUUUUUUGUUAGAUAAGGUGCUAGUUACAUAGAUAUGAAAAUGGCUGACAAGAAAGAGGGGGAACAAAUCUCAUAAUAAAUUUAUCUUUCUGUUGCAGUUAGUGUUCAAUUUAGAACUCUGAUAGCUUGUUUCCCUUUGAAGUCUGUGAAAAGCAAUAAACUUUUUCAUGCCUUGUCAUUUCAUUUAA